AAGCGCGGUGUUCAAAUACAUAUUUUGGUAAAAGCCAGACGAAAUUCAUUACACAGAUAUUGUCCGCAAGUAAGGAGAGUUUCUUUUGGCACUUGAAUAUUUGACAAUGUCAGGUACUUUGGCGUGUUAGGAAGGAGAAGAAAUAAGGUUGUGUACGUACUUCAGUAAGUGAAUGAUGGCUGAUUUAAACUGGACAUCCGAGGGGAGUGUAGCCUCUGACACAUUCUCACAAUUGCCACCUUUAGUGAUAUGGACCAGCAGAAGGUCAGCUGUGUGUCCUCCAUCGCCUAAUCCACCAUCUCAAUGCAACCCUUAUACAGCUCUUCACCACGCACACCCGAUUAGUGGGAAUCAAGUAGUGACCACAGAAGCCCCCUUCGGCUGUUAUGCGCUGCAGCAUACCUCAUUCAGCCCUUGGAAUACACCAUUAGCUACGGGCAAUGUUCUGCUGGGUCAUUCACGGCUGGACGUGACAUACCAGUUUAGGCAUCCUCGACCUGAGUGCCAGAGGAUGCAAAAUACAAACUCUGGCGAGAUUUCUGAAUCAGCUGUCGAAAAUCCAUGCUCGAAUGACCAAACACCGCCAAUAAACAUUGACCAAAGUUUGCAACACAGCGAUAUCCAGACUGUAAACUGUUCAGUCUCAGUUUCAGACCACUACACAGGCCACGGUCAUGGAGCGUAUGAUUCGAAAGAAGGCAAUUACUCAACCACGUCUUCCGACGUGGACCAUCACAAUAUCGGACAUGUUCAAGUAUCUCCCCUAUUGCCUAUCGUAUCUGAGGAUGCUGAACACGAAGAUCGUCAAACGCUCAACAAUCAGUGUACAUCGGAGUCGUGUUGUGAGGAAGGCAGUCAACUUCUAGUUGACUUUCCUCAAGAUCACACGUCGCUCAGCAAGGACCCCGGGGUGUCACUUGAUCGACAGCAUGAUACGUGUGAUCGUGCACAUUUACAUUCUGGAGAAGAUUUGCAUAAAUGUAAGCAUUGCGAUCAAUCAUUUUCUACUCAAUCCCGUCUAACAUCUCAUGAACGAUAUCAUGUUGUCAGUCAUGGACGAGUUCACUCGGGGGAGAAACCAUUUACGUGCAAGUACUGCGCAAGAGCAUUCAGGGUGAAAUGCAGUCUUACUGUUCAUGAACGAAUCCACACUGGGGAGAGGCCGUACAAGUGUGAUCACUGUGACGAAGGUUUUAAAACCAGUGGAGCACUUAGAAUUCACUUACGUAAACAUACUGGCCAGAAGCCAUUUCAGUGUAAGGUAUGUAGCAAGGCAUACCGACAAUCAUCACAUCUCACAAAGCAUCAACGCAUCCACACUGGAGAGAUGCCACACAAGUGUGAAGAAUGUGGUAAGUCCUACAGGGAAACAUCACUUCUCACAAGUCAUCAACGCAUCCACACUGGAGAGAGACCUUACAAAUGUAACUUUUGUGACAAGGCAUUCAGGCAUAAGUCAUCCCUCACAGACCAUGAACGCAUCCAUACCGGAGAGAAACCAUUCAAGUGUAAAAUAUGUGGAAAGUUCUUCUCUCGGAGAUUCAGUCUAACAGUACAUGAAAGAAUCCACUCUUGAGAGAGACAGAUCAGCAAUUGUAACAAGUCUUUCAAUGAUUAAAAAAAACACACGGAAGACCGUGAAAAUAAAAAAACACCCUUUAACAAAAGGCUUCUUUACAUAAUGAUGGAACAUGUUUAUAAUAGGUCCGUUUUGAAGUAUAAGUACCCCAAUAUGAACUCCAGGUCACUGCUUGCAUGCUGAAUUCUACAUUUUGUAGCCUCUCAAACAUUAUCAUUAUCAUUGUUUUGGACUUGAUAUAUUUUACAGUUUUUUGAUAUAUCCACCAUUCAUAAUAAUAGCUCAGGUCCGCUGAACAUGCGGCUAAAUUUUUGAUAAAAUCAGUAUUUAUCGUGAAUAUUUAUUCUUGUGCACGCAUAUCGGGUACGGAUCCUUUGCAUAGAAGAUACGCUGUUCUGUUUUGAAGUUCGCACAUGAUGUUGAAUAAGUGAAGUACUUUGUUCCUGUAUUUACCUUUAUUCCCAUUUGCAUCGUCGUAUAGUCCUAUUCUAGGCAAUGUCAAAACCCGAGAUAAAUUACUCAA